GCAUGAGGGAACAUCUGAUGAAAAUACUGAUCAUUGGAGACGGAAAUGUUGGAAAAUCUUCGUUUGUUAAUCGUUACGUCAACGGGCAGUUCAGCGGAAACUACAAGAUGACAGUAGGAGUGGACUUUUCAUUGAAGAUCUUGCAGUGGUCAGAAAGCGAGAAGGUCAGAUUACAGCUCUGGGACAUAGCAGGUCAGGAGCGGUUCAUCUCGAUGACUCGUAUUUAUUACCGCGGCGCUGUGGGCUGUGUGCUCAUAUUCGACGUGAGCGACUCUUCUAGUUUCCUGAGCUGUCGACUCUGGAAACAAGACCUGGACCUGAAGACCAGACUCCCCAACGGACAGACCCUCCCCUGCAUUCUGCUGGCAAACAAGUGUGACCUGGGGAAGCGAGUCGUGUCUGCAGACAGCAUCGACAGGUUCAGCAGAGCCAAUGGCUUUGUCACGUGGAUGGAGACGUCUGUGAAAAACAACAGGAACAUCGAAGAGGCCAUGAGGAGACUGGUGCAGGAGAUCCUGUCAGUCCAGUCCAGUCCAGACCCAGGCCUGUCUCCUUCUGAAGACCUCAUCAACCCACAACAAAACCACAGCAGAGCCUCCUGCUGCUGAGGAAGGAGUAGUAUUAGUAGUAUUAGUACUAAAGAAGCAUGCUAAGAAUUGUUCCUUUUUUCUUGUAUACAUCAUAUAUUGACUGUACAGUGGUAGUAAUCGUAGUAGUAGUAGUUACUAAAUAAGUAUGAAUUAAGAAUUGUACUGCUUUUUUGUAUAUACUGUAUAAUUUCUGUGUAUAGCAACAAUUGUUGUAGUAGUUAAUUAAUUGUAGUAGCAGCAGCAGCAGCAGUAGUAGUCAAAAGUGUAGGCAUGUAUUACAUGUAUGUAACUGUCAUUUCCAGCAGAGGGCACUGUCCACCACUAUGAGCUUAUAUGAACGUGCUUCCAUAAAGUAACACUGGAAACACAGUUAUAACUGUUGGAUGCAGAGAAAGUUGAAUAAUGUUCAUUGGUACCAGGCGGGAAAAAUACUAGUAAUAUUAGUAAUAGUACUUGUAGUUUAGACUCCUCCUCCU